UUUCGACCUCCACGGCCAUGUACGAACUUUCCACUUUGAGUUUUUAGCUUCGAAUCAAUCACGUAAACAAAAUUUCGUUCCCAUAAUUUAAAGAAUCUAAUUAUCUUGCUAAAUAAUUACGGCCUCCUCCAUGACCUCUUCUCGCGAUUCACCGAAGAUACAUAGUCCGUUAAGAGUUUAAAUCAGCCUUUAUGUGCUGCUUUCCUUCAAUAUUGUAAUGAUCCGCUGUAUUUAUCGGCCUCGUAAAAUUGUGGAUUUGUAAAAUCAGAUGCAGUGGAGAUGUCCAGCAAGUUUGAGCUUUCUUCUGGUAGCCCAGACAGGCCACUGUAUACCAGUGGGCAGCGUGGACCCCUCUUAGCUGCUCAAUUAGACAGAUCAGUUAGCUUUUGUGAGACCAUGGAGAAUCAGAUUCUAUCUUCCAUGCCAAGCAUGUUGAGAAGCAGGUCGGUAGCAGCCCAAGGAAAUGUAUCUAAAUUCUUCCAGUGCUUGCGUUUUGAUCCUAAGGUGGUUGCUACUGAUCAUAAGUCUAAUCGUCAAGGAGAUUUUAAACGGCACAUUAAUGUUGCUCUCGGCCUUUCUGCCAAUGAAUCUCCUAUCUCAUUGUCAAAAGGCAAGCUCCUUCCCUCUCCUAUUCCAGAAGAAAUCAAACGAGUUAAGGCUGGUCUACGGGAUUGCUCUGUCAAAGCAAGGGAGCGAGUGAAAACUUUCAAUGAAGCCUUAUCAGUAUUCAACAAGUUUUUCUCAAGCAUACCAUCUAAGAAGAGAUCUCGAUCAGAAAGCUUUUCUAAUGAUCGUCCUAAUGCCUUGAUAUCUGGUGAUCGGUCGGUCUUGAGCCCUUCUAUUGGUAAGAUGGGAAUACAUAAUAAUUCCAUUGCUGGAGGUCUUGAAUUUGAACAGAAGAAGUCAGAAGAAAAGCCUAAAAGUGCUAUUCCUAAUAGACGUUCUCGGACUUCUUUGGUGGAUGUGAGGAUGGAUAUACGGAAUAAUGCUCUAGUCAGGCAGCCUGGUAAUACAGAUAGAGAUAAGGAAAUGCUCAGGGUUUCAAACUGUGGCUCAGUUCAGGGUGAAGAGCGAACUUUAUCAGGUGGUGUUGAUGGAUGUGAAAAGACAAAGAUGAAGAAAAAGCGUUUUGGGAUAAAAGCGGACGUAUCUCCAAGUAUUGUAUCAGCUAAACUUGAAGGGCAUCGGGAAUCUAAACAGGGAAUACAGCAAAGGACUGUUUCUGAUACUCGAUCAAGGUUGAGUAAUGAUGCACAGUGGUGCAGGUCAGGAAUUGCUAAUGGAUCUGUUGGAGUUGGAAAACCAGAAGGUAUCUCGCAGCAGUCAGGUUUGGGUCCACGGUCAUCUGCCCCUAGGAAUGACCCGGAUGCCAGUUACCUUCUUAAGGACAGGAGGGACCAUCAUGUUGCUCUUGAUAAAGAGAGAAUGAAUCUCAGAGUUGCCAACAAGAUUAGUGUUCGUGAUGAAUUUAAUUCUGCUAGUCCUACUUCAAGCACAAAAAUGAAUGCAUCUAUUCGUGGUCCACGAUCAGGCACUGGAGUUGCACCAAAGUUGUCACCAGUCAUUCAUAGAGCAAUAGCAUCAAAUGAAUGGGAGCUUUCUCACUGUACAAAUAAACCACCUACUCACGGUGGAGCUACUAAUCGCAAACGCACAGCAUCAGCUUGGUCUUCAUCACCACCUGUUGCCCACUGGGCCAGCCAGAGACCACAAAAGAGCUCCCGUACUGCAAGACGAACAAAUAUUGUUCCUAUCAUUUCAAGUAAUGAUGAAAGACCAUCACUGGAUACUAUGUCUGAUAUGGCAGGUAAUGAGAUUGAGUCAGGAUUUGCUAGAUGCUUCUCAAGCAGUUCUCCUAAAAAAAAUAAACUAAAUGGUGAUGCCUUAUCUUCGGCAGCUCUUUCCGAGAGUGAGGAGUCUGGGGCUCCUGAAAUCAAAUCUAAAGAAAAAGUGAAAAGGUCCGAUGAAAUAGAUGAGAAAGCUGGACAGAAUGUUCUGAAAGUAUCCACAUUGGUCCUGCUGUCAAGAAAGAAUAAGCUGGUGACUGGAGAAGAUAUUGGAGAUGGUGUACGUCGACAAGGGAGGACAGGGCGGGGUGCUUCUACGAGGUCUAUUAUGCCAAUGACAGUUGAGAAGUUUGGCAACGUGAGAACAGCAAAACAGCUCAGAAGUUCCAGGCUUGGCUUGGAUAAGACUGAAAGCAAGGCUGGUCGUCCUCCAACUAGGAAGCUUACUGAUCACAAGGCUUAUGCAUGCCAGAAGCAUGCAGCAAUGAAUGCAGCUGCAGAUGUUCUUGUUGGUACCGAGGAUGGACAUGAAGAGUUGGUGGCUGCUGUGAAUGCUCUUAUCGGUUCUGCUUAUGCAUUUCCCAAUUCCUUUUGGAGGCAGAUGGAGCCUUUUCUUGGUUUCAUAUCUGAUGCAGAUAUUGCAUAUUUGAAGCAGCAGGUAUCAGAGCCCUUUAAUAUGGUGGGUGAUUUCCUUUCAACAAGACUUUUAGAAAGAGAUGGCAGAAUUGCUGCUAUAACAUCAACUGAUGAAAUCCUUUCACAACAGUUGCUUUUGGAUACAAGGGACGAUAAUGUGAUUCCCCUGUGUCAUAGAUUUUUAGCAGCUCUCCUUCCAGAAGAAGAGAGUGACAGUGGAAAUGAAGACCUCCAAUUUGACGCAUAUGGAGCUGGAUUUCAGAUGGAUGGAGAAUUGGACUCUAAUGGUUUGAGUCAUAUCGUUAAUUUCCAAUCUACAGGGCAUGCUUCUUUUAAUGGUUAUAGGACAUCUGGGAAGCCAGAAUAUGAUAACCCUGAAACUGAUAUGAUGGGAAACACAGGAAUCAGCUCAACUUUUAGUCAUUCCCUGAAUGACACUUUUCCAGACAAACCAAUUCCUGAUAUGGUUUGUUCAGAAUUUCAGUACGAGAGUAUGAAGAUAAAUGAAAAACUCUUUUUGGAGGCACAAAGUGUCGGAAUUCUCUUAGAACCAAUGCCUGGCAUAACACAGAUGGAUGCUGAUGAAAUCUGUGAGGACAUUAGUAUGCUAGAGGAGAAGCUCAAUGAACAGGUUUCAAGGAAGAAAGUCUUGCUUGAUAAACUGUUGAAAGCUGCCUCAGAAGCAAGAACACUUCAGGAGAAGGAAUUCGAGAAAAAUGCUAUUGACAAGCUUGUCACAAUGGCUUAUGAAAAGUACAUGAGUUGUUGGGGUCCUAAUGCUACUGGUGGGAAGAGUUCCGGUAACAAAAUGAUGAAGCAAGCUGCCUUAGCAUUUGUUAAACGGACAUUAGAUCGAUAUCAUAAAUUUGAAGAUACAGGCCAGAGCUUCUUCAAUGAGCCCAUGCUUAGGGACAUUUUUCUUUCUGGAUCUUCCCGGCUAAAUAGUGCACGAUUAGUAGAUACUCCUACAGACACUGAAUCUGGGAAGCCAUAUGCCAACGGCUCCACCCAUUCUCUGGAAGGUAGAACUUCAAGUCAAAAUGGGGAUAGUUAUGUUUUUGAUCUGCUUCCACCCACAAAUCGGUUAUCCGACCAAACUACUGUUAAUGAUGACUCAUGGUCUAACAGGGCAAAAAAGAGAGAGUUAUUGCUGGAGGAUGUAGUUGGUGGUACUAUUGGUUCUUCUAGUGCCCAGCCAGGCAUUGGAAGUCCUUUGUCGAGCAGUUCAAAAGGAAAGAGGAGUGAGAGAGACCGAGACGGAAAUGGACUUGGUAUAGAGGUUUUAUCUAGAAAUGGAACUAAUAAGAUUGGUCGACCAAUAUCCAAUGUUAAGGGGGAAAGGAAAUUAAAAAUAAAGCCCAAGCAGAAAACAACUCAACUAUCUGUUUCUGUGAAUGGCAUUCUUGGCGAGAUGUCGGAGCAACCCAAACUAUCAAACCCCAUAUCAAAGUCAAAUGAGAUAACUACCGAUGAUAAUGCUAAAGAAAAAGAUGAUUUUAGCCUGGAUGUGUUGGAUGACUUGCAGCUACCAGGACAAGAUUUGGGUUCAUGGUUAAACAUUGAUGAUGAUGGAUUACAAGAUCACGACUUCAUGGGACUUGAAAUUCCCAUGGAUGAUCUUUCUGACUUGAAUAUGAUGGUUUGAGUUGCUUCUUUGUAUAAUCUUGUUCAUUAUACCGUUGACAAACAAAAAUACAACCACUGUCAGCUAGGGAUUACUGUUUUGUGGAUAGUUGCUUGGCUGUCCGGUCCAUAACUAGGUUGCAUAGAUUCUUUAUAGGCUCCUCCCGAAGUUGAUUUUCAAGUGAACCUAUUUGGAUGUCUUGAAUUUUUCUCUUAAGUUGACGACUUCGACUGUAGUGAUCUUUUGUUCCUAGAAGUUGGUAUGUCUUAGCAAUUAUAUCUUGGCAAAAAUGCAUCUUGGCUGUAGGCUGUAGUCUUUACAAAUCAGAGAGUAAUGCUCAGGUUGUACAUAAAUUUAUAUUCCCAAUAAAAAUAAUUUUUUUGUU